GUUAUAUUUUAGGUAAAAUUAACGUAUAAAAUGUUUUAAUUAAUAUAUAAAAUUAUGAUUAAAAAAAUGAUAUAGUGAGCAUAUCAAUUUUAUGUAGUUAAUAUUUAUGUGAAAUAUGUUUUAUUUUCGGACAAAUUUUACGAUAGUAACAGGUAAACGAUAAAGCUGAGGAUAAAGACACGUGCGCAUAAAAGGUGAAAGGAAGGGAGACGAAAAUUGCCGAGUGUGGUCGAAACAUGUUCUGUAGGGUCGAUCGGACUAUCCGAGCAUAAGCACAGUUUUGUCAGUCGGCGAACACCGUACUGUUAGUACUGUCCUUCUUUUUCUUUUUUUUUUAUCCUAAAUUCAAAGUGUCAAGUAGGUAGUCUCGUUUUGUAUGUGAUUUUAAAUUUUAACAGUUCAAAGAUUAAUUUUUCAUUUAAAAAAUAAAGUUUUUGAAAUCAAAUCGUUCGAUAUUUUAAUUAAUUAAAAAAUAUUUUUUAUAAAGAUUAUUUUGAAGAUAUAAGAUUAACAUAAUCAUGACCACAUGCACAAUAUAUCAAGAGUUUCAUCGAGUUACUGAGUGUACCUUAACAAGAUUAUAAAUAGUUAUCAGAAAAAAGAAAUAUGCUAACGCGUCUCUUUGAAAUUCACGGCCGGUUUUGCGCUGGACAUCCCCUAGAAGUCAUUGUGACGACCUUCACACUUACGGCAUGCAUUCUGAACAUGGAGACAGGAAACGGACAUCCAAGUGUUCCUUUGACUGCACAUUGUGGACCCGGUAGAUGUAAUUCCGAUGAUCUAAAUGCAGCUGAUGUUAUAGUCAUGACUAUAAUUCGAUGUUUAGCUAUAUUGUUUACUUAUCACCAAUUUCGCAAUUUGCAAAAAUUGGGUUCAAAAUAUAUUUUAGGUAUUGCUGGCCUAUUUACUGUAUUUUCCAGUGUUGUGUUCACAUCUAGUGUAGUAAAUUUUGGACGCAGUGAUAUUUCCGAUUUAAAGGAUGCACUGUUCUUUUUCUUGCUUAUUAUUGAUCUUUCGAAGGCUGCUGUUUUAGCACAGUUGGCUUUAAGUUCCAGAAACAAAGAGGAAGUGCGAGCAAAUAUUGCUCGUGGCAUGUCGCUUUUAGGGCCAACUAUUACAUUAGAUACUUUAGUAGAAACUUUACUUAUUAGCAUAGGAUCCUUAUCUGGAGUUAGAAGAUUAGAAAUUUUAUGCAGUUUCGCUUGCUUGGGAGUUGUUGUAAAUUAUAUUGUUUUCAUGACAUUUUAUCCUGCAUGUUUAUCACUUAUUCUUGAGCUUUCUCGCGAAACUAAUACAAUGAAACCAUUAAGUGCUGAUAAAAUUUUUAUGAUGCAUCCAUUAGACGAGGAGGAUCAAAAACCAAAUCCAGUAGUAGAACGCGUUAAAUUAAUCAUGAUCGCUGGUCUAUUUGUAGUACAUGCCAACAGUCGUUUCAAAAGUGAAGAAAGCGAAGAUACGGUAGAGGGCAAAGUAUCUUCUACGAAUUCACAUGUCAUAGUGAAUUCUUAUAAUGAAACUGAAGAUUCAUCUGAAGUCAAAGGUUAUUUAAUGAAUUGGCUAUCUGUUAGUGCAGAUAAUAUUGUAAUAUUGAUCCUUCUUCUUGCACUCGCAAUUAAAUUUAUUUUCUUCGAAGAUAAAGAAGAUAUUGCUAAACAAUUACAAUUCAAAGUAGAAGAUGAUACAGAAGAAAAGAUUGAAAAUGAAUGUGUGAAAGAAAAAAAAUUUGAAAUUGAAUAUGUAAAAGAUAAAGAGAAUGAAAAUGAAGAUAUGAGUUUUUCCUUUCUUACCACCAAAAUGCCAUUCAAAUUAUCUUUUGCUAAAAUGCAAACUAUUUCUAUACCUUGGAUUGAUGGCAAAGAAGAACAAAUAGAUGAAAAACAAUGUACUGUAGAUAUAUCAAACGAUAAAAAUCUAUUUUCACGAAUUCCCAGAUCUGUAGAAGAAUGUCUUAAAAUAUACAAAUCUGAGCUUGGUGCAAAUGGAUUAACGGAUGAAGAAGUAAUUCAGUUGGUAAAGAACAAUCAUAUAGCUGCUUAUCAAUUAGAAAAAGCAGUCGGUGAUAUGGAACGGGGUGUAGAAAUCAGGCGUUUUAUAAUAGGAGAGGCUGGAAAUUUCCUUGAUUAUCUUUCCAAUUUGCCAUAUAAAGAUUACGAUUAUAGUAAAGUAUUAGGAGCUUGUUGUGAAAAUGUCAUGGGAUAUGUACCAGUACCACUUGGAAUUGCUGGUCCAUUAUUACUUGAUGGUGAAUUGUAUUAUGUACCAAUGGCAACGACAGAAGGAUGUUUAGUAGCAUCUACAAAUCGUGGUAGUAGAGCAUUGUUAAAAUGUGGUGUAACAAGCCGUGUAGUUGCUGAUGGAAUGACUAGAGGACCAGUUGUGAGAUUUCCAAAUAUUGUUAGAGCAAGUGAAGCUAUGGCAUGGAUGCAAGAUCCUGAUAAUUUUAAAGAAAUGAAAAAUAGUUUUAAUUUAACCAGUAGAUUUGCACGUUUAACAAAGAUUAAUAUACGUAUUGCUGGCAGGCAUUUAUUUAUUCGUUUUGUAGCAACUACUGGUGAUGCUAUGGGAAUGAAUAUGUUAUCUAAAGGAACUGAAAAAUCAUUAAAUACAGUGAAAGAACAUUUUCCUGAUAUGGAAAUAUUAUCAUUAAGCGGUAAUUUUUGCACGGAUAAAAAGCCAGCAGCAGUAAAUUGGGUUUGUGGUAGAGGCAAAAGUGUGGUUUGCGAAGCAGUUGUACCUGCAGAUAUUGUUACAAAUGUGUUAAAAACAUCUGUUCAUGCUUUAGUUGAUGUGAAUAUAAGUAAAAAUAUGAUUGGAUCUGCUAUAGCUGGCAGUAUAGGUGGCUUUAAUGCACAUGCUGCAAAUAUUGUAACUGCAAUCUUUAUAGCUACGGGUCAAGAUCCUGCACAGAAUGUUGGAAGUAGUAAUUGCAUGACUUUAAUGGAACCAUGGGGAACAGAUGGUUCAGAUUUAUACGUGUCUUGUACAAUGCCUAGCAUAGAAAUAGGUACUGUUGGAGGUGGAACUAUUCUUCCUGCACAAGGCGCGUGUUUAUCUAUAUUAGGUGUUAAAGGUGCACAUAGUGAUGAACCCGGUGAAAAUGCAAGCAGAUUAGCUAGAAUAGUAUGUGCGACGGUACUUGCCGGUGAAUUGUCAUUAAUGGCUGCACUUACGGCUGGUCAUUUAGUCAAAAGUCAUCUUCGGCACAAUAGAUCAUCGACUACUGUAACAAAUGCGAUGACUGUUCCUCAAAAAUAUACAGGAACUAAAUUGUCUGUGCCAAAUCUUUUACAACCUGUACAAAAUGUUUGUAAGGGACUCCUAGAAAAAUCUUAACAUUAAUCAUAUACAUAAAAAAGUUUAUUUUUAACUUUUAGUAGAUUACUUUGUAUCAUAUAAUAGUACAUAAUAUUUCUAAUAAAUAAUACUUUUUUAUGUACAUGAAACAAGAUAUUCUUAAAAAAAAUUAUAAUGAUAUAAAUUGCAUCAGAUAUAAAAAUAAGUCAAAUAUAUUGCAAGUUUAUAUUAUGAACAUUAUAUUUUUAAUGUAAAGGAAUAUAUAUAUUCUUAAUUUACAGUGAAAUAUGUUAACUGUGGUUGUAUAAAAUUAAUAUAAUGUAAAGAUUAUUUCUUUUUGCCUAUACAGUCAUAUUUUUAUAUAUUAUGCAAUAUUAAUUUUUAGUUGUAAUUAGGUUAUUAUAUAAUAGUGAAAAAAAAAAUAUGAUCGAAAACUGUACAUUAUGUAGUAUAUUGAAUACAAUCAAAUUGUUUUACUUAAAAAAGAAAUAUAUUUAUGCAACAUUUUUGCAGGAUUAAUUCUAGAAGCUAAAAUAAGCAAAAAUUAGUAUAUCAAAAUGUUGUUCAAGAUUAAUUUAUUAAAUUAUAAACAAUUAAAGUUUAUAUUAAACAAGAUAUAGAUACAACAAGAUAGCUCUGUUUUCUUUACCAUCUUUAUUUCAUUUAAUACGAACUUAAAUUGCUCAUAAUUUAAAUAAAUUUUAAACCUUACAUACUAACUCUUGUGUUUGUUUUGAUCAUUAGAAUUAAUCUUCCAAAUAUGUCUUACAAAUAUAUUAUUCUAUAUAUGAUAUUAAAAUAUAAAUACAAAUUAAAUUAUUUUUUGUUUUUAAUUAUUUAAUUAAUAAUAUAAAAAUUAAAUAUACAUUAUAUAUAAAAUUUUUCUUAUUAUGAAAAAGAAAUUUAAAUUAUAAUUAAAUAAAAAAAAGAUAUAAUAAAUAAAUAAAUAAGAAAAAUUUUUUUCAAAUGUAUACGUUCUAUUUGAAUAAUAAACAAAUUUAUUUAAUAUAAAAAAA